GGCUUGGCGGGAAGAACAAGCUCUAAAUUAUGAUCUAUUGCAUCAGCGUUUCUCUCUCUAAUCUCUUUCUCUUCAUAGUUCAAUGGGAGCCAGACAUUGUCACUUGCACUCCAGACUAUGACGGAUCAUUCGCGCUUCUACAUAGGAGCGGCUUUCGUGGCAGGAAUCCUGCUCACACUUGGCUUCAAGGACUUCUAUCCGGAGCUCGAGCGUCGUUUCCGACAGCGACGGACAAGGAAGGACGAAGCUGAGGAAAGCUUAGUUUACGACCAAGAUGGGAAUUUCUCUUUUCUGGACAUCUCGAAGGAUUCGUUGAAGGCCAGGACCGGCCCACCCGCGAUUGUAGAAGGCAUAGAAGGAUGCAUCGGAAACACGCCACUUCUGAAGAUCAAGUCGUUGUCAGAAGAAACCGGUUGCGAGAUUCUAGCUAAAGCUGAAUUUCUUAACGGAGCUGGACAAAGCUCGAAAGACAGGGUGGCUCUCAGUAUGAUACAAGAAGGUGAGAAAAGAGGUCUUCUGCAACCCCAUUCCGGUGACACUAUCUACGAGGGCACUUCUGGUUCCACUGGAAUUUCGCUGGCAUCUUUGGCAAGGGCAAAGGGCUACCUUGCGCAUAUCUGCAUGCCAUCAGAUCAAGCAAUGGAGAAAUCCAACCUUCUGCUUAAGCUCGGAGCAAUUGUGGACCGUGUUCCCCCAGCUCCAAUUGUAGAAAAGAACAACUUCGUCAACAGAGCCCGUGCUCUUGCUCAAGCUCAUACCUUAGCUUCCGAAGGCUCUUCUCCAAAUAGCCAGGAUUUUCCUCCAGGAGAAGACUUGCCAUUCACCCCGGGAAAGACCAAAGGGCGCGGCUUCUUUGCGGACCAGUUCGAGAAUGAAGCAAACUGGAAGGCUCACUUCCAGGGAACGGGUCCCGAGAUAUAUGCUCAAUGCAACGGGAAGCUAGAUGCCUUCAUCGCGGGGGCCGGUACUGGUGGCACGAUAUCGGGAGUGGCAAUGUUUUUGAAGCCGAGGAUCCCGGACCUGACCGUUGUGCUCGCCGAUCCACAGGGUAGCGGGCUAUACAAUCGGGUUCGCUAUGGUGUCAUGUUUGACACGAAGGAGAGAGAAGGUACACGACGCCGGAGACAAGUUGACACAAUUGUCGAAGGAAUCGGAAUCAAUCGUGUCACUGCCAACUUCGAGGUGGGAAGACAACUAGUUGAUGAUGCCGUUCGAGUCACCGAUGCCCAGGCAUUGGCGAUGGCUAGGUGGUUGGUUGAGAAAGACGGCAUCUUUGUCGGGAGUAGCAGCGCGGUGAACUGUUUUGCGGCAGUGAAGACUGCCCAGAAACUGGGCCCGGGCCAUAGGAUUGUCACAAUCUUGUCAGAUUCCGGCUCGAGGCACCUAUCAAGGUUCUGGGCCCAGGCCGGGGACGUUGGCGGUGUAGUCGAUACUAAGUUGGAGGAUGUCCUGAAUGCGAAGGAAGAGCCAUGAACAAGGUACGCUGCCAUUUCAGCGCAUCGCUGGAGCAUGCAAGAGUGAUUAAAAAAGACGAGGCGAUGAAUAUGCUUAUAAUGCCGAAGCCAUCUUUCGGAGGUAACAUCGCGCCGGUAAAUUGCCGGAUCGGUUAUUAGAAAAACACCGAACGCCGCGAGUUUGACAG